AUGAACGCAGCUACCAACUUCUUGUCAAGAUUCGCUGUGCCCCUUGGUAUGAGCGCCUUGCUCGUACAGGCUAGCAUGUACGAUGUUCCCGGCGGCUAUCGAGCCGUGAUGUUCGACCGGUUCACCGGUGUAAAAGAGAGGGCCACCCACGAAGGUACCCACUUCCUGAUCCCAUGGCUCCAGCGUGCAAUUCUGUACGAUGUUCGCAUCAAGCCUCGCACCAUUUCGACGACCACCGGCUCUAAGGAUUUGCAGAUGGUCACUCUUUCGCUGCGUGUGCUGUCGCGCCCAGAUGUAACGCAUCUAUCCAAGAUUUACCAGUCCCUUGGCCUCGACUACGACGAGCGUGUCCUCCCAUCGAUCGGAAACGAAGUCCUCAAAGCUAUCGUUGCCCAGUUUGAUGCGGCCGAGCUUAUUACCCAGCGAGAGGUCGUCAGUGCUCGCAUUCGCGAGGACUUGCUCACUCGCGCGCGUGAAUUCAACAUCGUUCUAGAAGAUGUCUCUAUCACUCACCUUACUUUCGGUCAGGAGUUUACCAAGGCCGUCGAGCAAAAGCAGAUCGCUCAGCAAGAUGCAGAGCGUGCCAAGUUUGUCGUUGAAAAGGCCGAGCAGGAGCGUCAAGCGUCCGUUAUUCGUGCCGAGGGUGAGGCGGAAGGCGCUGCGCUGAUUACCAAGGCGCUUGACAAAGCAGGCGAUGGCCUGCUGACAGUGCGUCGCAUCGAAACAUCGCAGCAAAUCGCCAAGACAUUGAGCCAGGCACAAAAUGUGACGUACUUGCCGACCAGUGGAAAUAUCCUCCUCGGUGUCAAUCAGCAACAGUAA